UUUCUAAAUAAGACGAUGGGCGUUACGCUAUUUCGAUAGCAUAUUCCGUGCCAAAAGGCGUUCCUAAAAAUGGAACUUUGCCUUCAGUUCUCAGUGGAAGGAGGUUUUCAGCGUUGCUUCUCGUGCUAACAAGUUAAUAGUAUGCGAAAAUUAGGAACUUCUUUCUCUUUCACAUAUACCAACAGCCAUUAUGGAUUCUCAUUUUUCGGAGAGUAAUUUUGGAGCUUUUGCUUCAGGAUUACGCUAGACUGUGUAGAUGGAAGUUUUGUGCGCACAUUGAUGAGAUUGCAGAGAUGAGCCGGGAAGCUGCGCAAGGUUUUUCCACUCGGUGCUCUGUUGCUUUUUUUUACUAGAAAUGUGCGCAUAUACGCUCUUAUCGCCGCAGUGGAUUUUGCAUCUUCUGUUAAUGACGUCAUUUUAUUCAAGUCGGCGAGUAUAUCCCUGUUCGUCCUUGUAAAUGGAAGAUCGCGAUCCAAUUUAUGAAGAACUCUGCCGUAUUUUGUCUUUGUUUUUCUUUUGUGUUUUCGUUGGAUUUAACUUUUGUUCCAUAGAAAAUAAGAGAGGCAAAAUAGUUUAGUCGUUUCAAUACUCCUUACGGGUGCUACGUUAGUGUUUCUUUUAUGAUAAUUUUUCAGCAACGUGCUUUAAUUCAACUUUAAUUUUCAUCCUCAAUUCAUGGAGGAUGAAAGGAAUGUCGUGUUGACAUUUCAAUAACUGCUUUGUUGGAGCCAAAAAUUUAAUCACUCUAAGGAAUUUCUCCCGCUUUGAAACGUAUUUACGUAACAGUGCUUCGUAGGGAAGCAGUUUUUUUUCAAAAGUCUUGCAUAGAAUCAUUUGCAUUUAUCGUCACAAGUUCCUGUGAUACAAUUUUUAAUGUAACUUAAUGUCGGAAAAAUGCCACGCACUAGGUUGAAGCUUAUGACGUCCUUAUUCCUUAUACAUGACACUUUCAUAGGGGGCAUAAUCAGAUCAUGUGAAUUUACGUCACAACAGUUUUGGAAACCAAAAGAACUGGCGGUUUUGAUAACAUGCCAGCUAAUAGGUUUCAUUGAUAAUUCACUUCCUGUGUUUCAUCUCUUUUCGAUUUGUAAGAACGUUGUUCUUGGUUGAAGCAGGGAAAUUUUGUAGAUUCUCACUACUUAGUGCUUUGGCAUUGCAAAAAUGUUUGUUUUUACUUCGAUUAUUGGAAAAUUCUUAUCCAAAUAUUUUCGUGUUGACACUUAGCUUAAUCUCUUUUUAAACGGAUCGAUGAAAGGCUUUGACAUUUGCGCAUGCGGUUGUAAUCCCAUUACGUAAGAAUGGAACCAUAAACAAAGUAUCAUGCUUCACUUGUUCUGCCCUUAUAAGUGCAUUCGUCGCGUUGCGAUGAUCAUAUGCUCUAAAAGGAUUUACCUUCCAUAAGCGCCAGACCUUCAACGAGUCAGAAGUAGAAAAAUGUUCUCAAAACUGAGCCCGAGUUUUGCCCGCAAAGGACACCAACAACUCACAUGCAGUGAUGCGGACGAGAAAGAUCGAGUCAUUGCUGGAGUACAAUACAGCGUACGGUACAUUGGAUCCGCAGAAGUUGCGGGAGCAAGCGGGACUGGCAGUGGAAAGACAGAAAAACCCGUCGCCACAGUCUUUGAAGAGCAGAGGAAAAAUGGCAACGGUAAGACGCAGAAGAAAAUGAUCCUAAACUUGUGUUCGAAAAGGUUGAGCGUCAGCGAGGAAGCGAGCGGAAAACUGAUCGCAAAUUUCCCGAUCUCUAAGGUAACCUUCUGUAACAUCGACAACUUUCACGAGAAAGCUUUUGUGUUCAUUGCACGAGACAGAGCAGAAAGUCCAUUUAAGGCAUUUGUCUUCACGUGCGAAAGCAAAGCCAAGGCACGAGAACUUUUCAAGGCCCUUUCUCUGGCUUUCACGAUCAAUUACGAAAGUUAUCAAGCGUCACUGGCACGAGGUUUGCCAAGCAACACAAUGCUUGUACGCAACGAUGAGGGCAAAAGCACGUUCUUCGAUGGAAUAGGCGGUGAGUGUUUGGACGGAGCGCAACCCGCGAAAGCGAAAGCGGAACAUUUGAAUGGUGCAUUAACUUCGCGGACAGAAUCUCCCCUGCUCAAUGUAAAUGGAUUUCGAUCGGUCCAAGAGACAAUUCCGAAGACAAUGGCACCCAAACAGAAUAAGAACCUUCUACGUGUUGCAGAUUGUCGCUUGCGGAGCGCGUCGGAUCCCCCACACGGUUUUAAAGCGAAUGCGUCAAUCGUAUCUGACUCAGAAACUCGUCCGUCUUCGCUGCAUCCCUCGAAGAUGAAAAAGGUUGAUGAAAUGGAAGAAGAGUUUACAGAAUUUGCUGAACUGAGGUCGAAGUGUCGCUCAAACUCUGCGCUCGUAGCCCCGUCAAGCAGACAUCCCGGAAAUAUGUUUCAUGGCUUCCAAAGUUGUGACAGUGCUCCGAAUGUGUGGGGCAGUUUCCAAAACUACUCUCGCCCGACGAUUUAUUGAAUACUCUUACCUUGGCCGAAUGGUUUAGUUAGAUUUCUUUUAAAGUAACAAGUUAUUUAUUGUAAAAUCGUAGAGGGUGGACGCUUGCGAAUUUCUCACGCAGUCGGAGAAAAUAUUGUGAUUAGUAAAGGAAAUCCGGGGUCAAAUAUGCCCGCAAUGUGCUCCAGAAGUUACCAAACUGUCUAAUGAGUUUCAGUCGUUUAUGUUGCGACAAGUAUUUUUGUAUCGUAAGGAAUGUUUGAAAGAAUUUCAGCUAGACUGUGAAUGUACCGAACCGCUCGAAAAAGGAAGGAGCCAAUUGUGACAACGUUUUUUGAAUGAUCCGUAACAAAAUAAAAACAUUUUGGAAUUUUGA